CCUGCCUCACCUCCUGCCUCACCUCCAGCCUCACCACCAGCCUCACCACCAGCCUCACCUCCUGCCUCACCGCCUGCCUCACCUCCUGCCUCACCACCAGCCUCACCUCCUGCCUCACCACCAGCCUCACCUCCUGCAUCACCACCUGCUGAGACAACAUUCCAUGUGUCAUUGGCCUCCAUGGACAGUUCCAUACAGAACAGAUCAACAGUAAGUCCACCAACAACAGUUCAUGUUAAUUUUCAAUUCUCUUACCCAACAAUAUCUCUUGAAAAAUUGCUCUCUGCUUACCUCAUAAGAGUUGUCUUUAAGACCAGGGGAGCGGGGAAUUUCCCCACCUAAAGCGACGUAAUUACCCGGCUAUUUUUGGAUUUCAAACACAACCUAGCUAUAAGAUAGACCCCUAGACCCCCUUCUACUUUUUUAUUUCUUCCUUCUACUUCAAUUUUUAGAGACAAUCCUGCCUUAUCAUAAAAAGAAGUAAAAAAAACAUGAAUUGAAAUUGUUGUAUCAAUAAUUUGAUAUUUAAUUUUUCAGGACAUUGUCAUUGAUCGCUCAUUUGAUGUGCCUGAACCAGUUGUGGAACGGUCCAUGCAGGACGAGUCCCUCCACGAUGCCACCAUUCCUGUCGAUGAUGCAGAGGACAUCAUGGUGGAGUAUUACAUGGUAGACUCUGGCACAGAACGAGGCAAAAGGAAGCUGGUUGAUAGCACUGGAUUUAGCUACACCGUAAAGAAACAGAAGAACGACCAUGUUUUAUGGAGGUGUACAAAACGGUCCAAGACCAUCAACUGCCCCGCCACAAUUAUCCAGGAUGGAGAUGACUACAGACCAGGGCAGAAGCAGCACAUCCAUGCAGGGGACCCUGGAUCUCAUAUUGCACUGAGGAUUAAAGCAGAGGUCAAACAGCAGGCCAAAGAUGCUACAUUUGAGGAAAGAAGUUCUUCCAUUGUGGAAAAAGCCAUCACAGCCCAUGGGGAUAUCUCAGCACCAGCUGGCAGCAGGCCAAACCCAGGGUACCUGAUUAGAACUGCCAACAGAGUGCGACAGAUGGACAGACCAAAAGACCCAUCUGACCUGCAUGACGAGUUAGAUCUGGACUUCUUGGAGAGGCAUGCUCCGGGAUUCCUGCGCCGGGACCUAUUGGUUGGGGACAGAAGACAUCUGAUCUUCUUCACUGAGAGGCAGCUGGAUCUUCUGGCUAAAGCAAAGACCUGGUACAUGGAUGGCACCUUCCGCUGUGUGAACCACCCCUGGAAGCAGAUGUUUUCCAUCCACGGAUUUGUGAAGUCUGGGCAUCGCAUUAAACAGGUCCCUUUGGUGUUUGCCAUUAUGUCAGGGAAGAGCCAGGAGGAUUACUACCAGGUGCUGCGGUUCAUUGAUCACCAACUCCCAGAAAGCAUUGCUUUGGAGGGAUUUGUUGCUGAUUUUGAAGCAGCACUGUGGAAGGCCUUAAAGGACCGGUUCCCUGGAACACCCAUCCAAGGCUGUGUGUUCCACUGGACACAGGCGGUGUUUAGGAAAGUCCAGGAGCACGGACUUCAGACUGCCUACAACAAAAAGGACUCAGUCUACAAGUUCGUGCGCCAACUCCUGGCCCUGCCAUUCCUCCCACCUGAGCACAUUGAGGAGACCUUCCUACGUCUGGAUGGGCGUGCACCAGAGGUUCUUGCUCCAGUGAUGGACUAUGUCUACAGGACGUGGAUCCGCUCAUCAAUCUUCAAGAUCCAUCACUGGAGUGUGUUCAUGACGUCCAUCCGGACGAACAAUGAUGUGGAGGGAUGGCACAACCGCCUAAACACUAGUGUUGUCACCAGGGGAUCGGUUCCGUUUUACCAUCUUAUUCUUGUGCUGUAUCGAGAAGCGACCAACAUCACAGUGCAGAUGAAGAUGGUAUCGGAAGGGAAGAUCCAGAGGUUCCAACGGAAGAGGACCUUACAGGUGGAAGGUCGGGUGUUCAAGCUGUGGAACAGCUACUGCGAAAGAUCAAUAACUGCGAGUGAACUUUUAAAGGGCUGUGCAUCUAUUUAUGGACCACCAGUUUUGAACAUGUGAUUUGUUCAGAUAUUGUGAUAUCGACAGCUGUGCCCCCCUUCGUGAAAUGUGCAUAAUGUAAAAAUGUUUUUAACUUAUUAAGUAUGUUUGUUAUUGUCACGUACUGCAUUUAAAAUAUCUUGUUUUGUUUUAUUGAGUUUUUUUUAUUUAAAUCAAAAUUGCUAUUACUGUUUUUGUUAUUCGUUGUGCCUAUGUUUAAAAUUCAUAAUGAAUAAAAAGAUGGAUGUAGCUAAGAAUAUAAUAAUCGUUGUUGUUCUUGAAAGGAUUUUAAUAAAUU